GACGGAAGCAGGGGAGGAAUAACGUUGGGGCGCUUGCGCUUGCGAGUUGGAACUUGGAAGCCGGAGAAUAAGCAUUGCACUGCCAAAAUUUAUUGGGGAGAGAAGUAAUGAUGGACGACUCAGAGGAAGAGCCCGUGUGCCCUUUGUGCCUGGAAGAGUUGGAUCUCACGGACCGUCAUUUCAAGCCCUGUCAGUGCGGAUACCAGAUAUGUCUUUGGUGUUGGCAUCAGAUAAUGGAGAUGGCAGAAGGGGAAGGAAAGUGCCCGGCGUGCAGGACACCGUACGACAAGAACAAGGUCACAGAGGCUUCGCAAGCUUUGCCGGAAGAUCUUACAGGUCUCAUUUCGGAGAAGAAGCAAAAGGACAGGCAAAGCAAGGCCUCAGUGUCUGCAUCUCGGCAGCACCUGAGCAGCGUGCGGGUCGUACAGCGGAAUCUUGUCUAUGUCAUUGGACUGCCUCUCAACAUUGCGGAGGAGGAUAUUCUGCGGACAAAUCAAUACUUUGGCCAGUAUGGCAAGAUCCACAAAAUCUCGACGAGCCGCUCGGCGGCGUACAAUGCUGCAUCAGGCCCUAACGGACCAACUGCAAGCGCGUACGUCAAUUUUGUGAGGGAGGAAGAUGCAGUGAAGUGCAUCCAGACAGUCGAUGGCGCCUUACUGGAGGGCAAGCUGAUACGGGCCUGUUUUGGGACCACCAAGUACUGCAACUCAUAUCUGAAGCAUGUGACAUGCACCAAUCCAGACUGUCUGUAUCUUCAUGACAUCGGGUCGCACGAUGACAGCUUCACAAAGGAAGAAAUGCUGGCCAGCAAACAGGAUUACUUCCACAAUGCCACGCACCCUUCCAACUAUAGUGGGAAGGGACUUCCUCCUCCCCCACCUUCUGAUGGGGCGUCUGCUGCGCGGCCUUUGAACAUUCCCUCAACUUCUCAGCCGCCGCAUCGAGAAAGCUCGGCCACAGUUGGCAGCCCUGGCCCGCAGGCAGCUUUGGCCGCUUCAUCCUCAUGGGGCUCUAAGAGCAAAGUUGCGGGGCCUGCUCCCUCAACCAAGGUGCCCCCAGUGGCUGCGCCACCGCCAGCCCUCAAGGCGCUCAGGCCGGCAGCGGGAGCAGGGCCGUCAAGCAGCGCCGCUGUUGCGCCCUCCACAUCGGCCUCUGCAGCAGGACCCUCCACUUCCGGAAAAGGCUCCUUUACCUCUCACAAGCCGUCCGCCGCCGUCCUCAGCGGCCGGGUCAUAAAUGCCAACGCGCAGCCCCCGCCGUUCAUCGCCGUUGCGAGCCGCAACGUGGACGCGCCAGGUGUCAGCACGGCGAAGACCGUUACGGUGGCACAGGCAGCAGCGGCGGCAGCCCUCGCGGGGCGGCCGGUCACACCGGGGGAUGCAGCUGGUGCACCGAAUCUGAAGGCAGCGAGGCCGGUCACACCGUCGGAAGUAGUGGGUGGGUCGGGUGCAAAGGCAGGACGGCCAGUCGCACCGGCGGAAACAGUGGGUGCGCCGAAUUUGAAGGCAGGGCUGGACCCAACUCCGAAGCAAGCGGCGGCGGUUCUGGCUGCGAGGACGGGCAAAGUCGGGAGGCAGGUUGUAGUGGCACAUGGGGCACCUGAGGGGCCGACAGCUGGCAGCGCCGCGCCGAGCGUAAUAAAGACCCUAGGGACUGGUCCCAUCAGGCAGGGCAGUUUUGUUGCAGUGGCAAAGGCGGCGGCUGGGGUGUCGCUGGGGGCUGGAUCGAAGCUGGUGUUGGAGGGGAGUCUAAAUGCCACUGGACCGAGCCCCCUGGCAGGUGAAAGUUUCCCCACGCUUCAGGCGGUGAUCAGUCAGAGCAACUCCCGCCCAAGCAGUGCGGAUACAGGCCCGGGAAAGCAGCCUAGAGCUCUCCUCGAAAGGGGGGGGUCCCAGCACGAGGAGAACGUGGCGGGAGGGAGUGGAGCUGGGGGCCUCGGCGCCUGGGGCAAGAGCCUCGUGAAAACGUCGUCGGGUUUAGCUGCGGAGUCCAUCCCUGCGGAAAUAAGAGGGCCCGAGAAAGCAGGCCAGGGCGAAGGAGCGAGCACGACUGCAAAGAUGGCAAGUGGAGGGUCUGAAAGCAAGCUGGCCGCAGAGACGGUUCUUCCAAUUAGCACCACGAGGGCGCUGGAAAGCACGGCGCCCAGCGAAACGGCCCCGGCGCCAAGCCCUCUAAAAGACGUUUUGUCAAAGUCACCUGCCGGGAGAGUUGGCAGCCUGCGUACAGCUAGGACAGAAGCGGAGCGCGCGAGUUUAGAGAGCACGAGCGGGUUCCAUUUUGAGCGGAGCGCCGAGAUCCCGGUCACGCGGAGACCAAGCCAUGGGGACGAGGGGCUCUUGCGCGCCGCGACCGGCUUUGGGUCGGGCACCGGGGUGUUUGUCCCCGGCUUUUUAAACCAGGAUACGUUGUCACGGUCGUCGAGCCCGCAGCCAGCUGGCACGGGCGUCUUUUUGCCGGGGCUCAGUAGGACGUCGAGCGGAGGGGGGGGCUCUCCUUCCUGGGGGGGCAUUGGCCGGGGCAUGCUGCAGGAGAGAGGGGGGGGGAUGCUCGAUCAGGGGGGAAGUCCGAAGUUCAACCGACUGCUGGGAAUGAACAUGGAGGGGGGCAGUCCGAGGAUCUUCCGGCAGGGCUCUCCGUUUGAGGGGGGCAGCCCGAAGUUCUUCCACCAGGGGGGGGUGGUGGGCAGCCCCAACUAUGGCAGGCUGGGGCCUGGUUUCUUGGAGGGGGGGUCCCCGAAGUUUGGCCGGGGAGGGCCGUUCCAGGGGGAGGGAGGCAGCCCUGCGUACGGCCGUGCAAACGGGGGGCAGAUGAUGGGCAUGCCCGAGAUGGCGAACUUUGGGCGGCCGCCCGGGGGGCACUUCAACAACCUGGUCGAAGGAGGGAGCCCCAGCUUUGCGCGGCCUGCCAUGUCCGCCCCCGUCAGCCGGUUGGCGCGGCUGGGGGGUCCGUCCGGCGACACCGACACCAUUCCAGAGGGGGGCAGGAAGGUGGAGCAGAGCGCGCUUGGGGGGCCUAAGGAGAGCGGUGCAGGUAUGAAAGAGCCCGGUUUUGAGCAGCUACGUCGAGUCAGGACAGGAAAUCCUAGAGAGGAGGAAACCGCUAGGAAGGAGCCGGGGAGUCCGGGGGAGUCUAGCGUAAUUGCAGACAUUUUGGGCAUGGAGUUCGACCCAUGGGCGGACGGGCCCCUCCCUGACCCCAGCGGCCUUGCCAAGAUUUUGCUAGCAGAGGAACGGGCAAAAGCCGCAGCGGCAGCAGCAAAAACGUCAACCCCCGGCGCACCCCCAGCGCGGCAGUCACGGUUCAAGUUUGCAUGGGAGUCGGACGGGCCUGCAGAGGAGCCAGCUGGCGAAGGGGGAGUGCGCAAAUCCAGGUUUGACUUUGCGGGCAGCUCUGACACCGUUCCCACGCCCGCUGACUCGGCGAUGGUCAGUUCGAGCGCUGGCGUCAAGUCCCGUUUUGGGUUUACGCUGGAGAAGGACAAGGGCGGCGCUGACGCUGCCAGGCCCAGUACGGCUGGCUCGAGCGGUGCCGGUUCGGACGCCGGGGGCCGAUUCUCACCUGCCCCGGGUUUGACGACGUCCGAGAGUUCUGAAACUUCGUCGCGGCCCCAGUCCGGGUCGCGACCGAGUACAGCGGAGGAGGAUGGGAACACGAACGGCGCCGGGUUUGGUGCGGGACUUUUGCGGCCCGGAUCUGCAACGGGCAAGCCGCUCCUGCCCGCCCCACCGGGGUUUGUGAACAGGGGGAGGGGAGGGGCGCCCGCAGGGAGCCAAGGCCUCCUUCCGACACCACGCCCGUUCUCCAUGCGGCCCUCCCACGCCCCUUUGGGGGGCCCUCAACCACACCACCCAGCCCCCCCGCCAAAUCCAGACAUGGGUUUCUUCGAUCCAGCAAUCAUGGCCAUGGGGACAGGCAAGGCGUUUGAGUACAAACCACCCCCUCCUUCGAGCUCACCCAACGAGGCGAUGUCCCCGGGACUGCUUUCGAUCCUGAAGAACCUUGGCGGGCCCCCUAGCAGCAACCCUCCUCUCGGGGGGGAGGGGUUGCCAAAUCCCGGUAGUGGUCUCCCCUUCUUCCCGCCCCCUUCUGGUCAGAGGACACCCCCAGUAAGGCAGCAGGGGUUUGGGGGGUUGGCAGGCCCCGCUUUUCAGCCCCCCCUGCAGAGUGAGCAGUACAGUCAGAUUGUGACGUCGUCUGGCAAAGAGACGGGGCAUGUGGAUGGCAGCAAGGGGGAGGAGUUUCGGCCUGGUUCCGGGGGGGCGGGUCCGAGGAGCUGGGGGGUUUGGGGGUUAGGGCAAGGGCCAGCAACACAGACCGUGAAAGAGCCUGCGCCGCAAAUGAGAGCCCAGAGGGGGGGUUUGAGCUCCAUGAUGGCAGCGAUUGGGGGGGUGGGGACGCAGGCCUCAGCCCCAUCGUUUGCCAGCGCUGUGGCUGCGUCACAGGGGGCGCACGUUCCGGGGUUUGCGGUUGGGGGGGUGCAGGGUGCGAACAACCCCGGUCAGAGCUCCUGGGCUGCGAUCGCGGCAGUGAAAACGCCGGCUGCGGCUAAGCCGCACCCACCGGAAGCGGAGAGGAAAGGGGCGAAGGAGAGCGGGAGAGUCGACGGUGCAAGCCAAGAAAGGGAGGGAAAUAAGCAGGGAGAGACGGGAAGUGAGGGGUUUGGCAAGGGAGAGAGGAAGGUGAUUGAAGAGAAAGAGAGGCAGGUUGUAGCGGAGAUAGGGGAGGGGAGCGAUGGGGGCCAGGAAGAGGGGGACGAGGAUGCGGGAAAGGUGCUGAAUGAGGAGGAGGAAAAGAAGGCGCUUCGGAAAAAGGAAAAGAAGCUCCGUAGAGAGCGAGAGAAGGCCUUGGCUGCGGAGCGGAAGCAGAAGGAAGCGGACGAAGCGAAAGCGCGGGAGAGGGCCGCAUCCAAGAAAGAGAAAAGUGCAACAGAAAAGGAAUUGGCACCCGCGCCCGUUAGUAAGCCACCGGAGGUUUCGUUAGCAAAGGGACCCGCUGCGAACGGCAAGGCAAAAAAAGAGUCUGGAGUCCCCGAGACGAAGGUUGAAGUAGAGGCUGAGGAAAGGAAAGGAGAGGCGUCAAAAAAGGGGCCUGAGAAACAGAACGGAAACGGAAAGAAACGGAAGGACGCCCUCGUUUUGGACGAUAUUGGGAAAGACGAUACGUUGGGCGAGCGGGGGGAGCCAAUUCUGCAGUUUGCAAAGGGGAGCGACGGGGGAGCCAAGAGCCCGAUCAAGGAGAAGAGCAAGGUUGGGCUCAAAGCGCGGGCUCAGGACGAGAAAAAAAGUGCGGGUUUUGAGUCGGACGCCGUGAAUGCGGCGGGGUUUCUUGCGAGCCUCGUGAACGAGAAGAAGGGUGUGAAUCCGCCAGUUAAGGGGAAGAGACCGGAACCCGCAGCCGCGAAACCGGGGAAUCUACACCAGGAGAAGAAAAGCGGGGACAAUAAAGCGGGCAGUGCUCCAAUCGGCGUUCCCAUCGGGCCGUUUGGGAUGCCGGUCGGGGCGAACAUGGUGUUCGGGUCCGGUAGCACGGAGUUUACUGCUCAGGGGUUAGGGUUUAACCUGUCCGCUAACCAGGUGUUUCCCCAGAACUGGCAGGGCUCGAACAUGAACGGAAUGGCGGAGGGGAUCAAGGCGGGGUUAAGCCUGAGCGCGCUUUUGCAGCAGCAGUUGGAGUUGCAGUUGCAGCAGAAUCAGGGGGCGCCGCCGGCGGAGGGGGUGGGGGGCAAGAGGAGUAGGGGCUAUGCCGAGGCGCCAGCUGGCGGGGGCGGCAGCAAGGACUUCGGGCUCCCAGCAGCCGCGGCGCGCGCAGCAGCCCGCGUGUUUCGCAUGGCAGCCGACUUCGUGAUGGACGACGGCAGCAGCAGCUCGGGCGAGAGUUUUACCACAAGCGCUGGCACCGGGCGGCACGGAAAUGUGAACGGGGGCGCCGGCUUCGGUGUGAACAACCUCCCGGACGUGUACCAGUUCUCAGCGACCAGCUCAGCGGAGAGAGCGGUCGCCGCUGCAGCCGCUUGGGAGCACGGGUUACGGGGACCGGAAGCCGCGGUUAGCAACGGAAAUGCGCACAACCCGUUGCUGUCGCAGGUUGACGCCUUGGAGCGAGAAGUCGAAAACGCGCGCGAAGUCGAACGAAAGUUGGAGAACAAGCUUAUGGAGGUGAAACAAUGGAUUGAUCAAGACGAUGCGGUUCUGGAAAAUAUCACCAGCUCAUAUGCCGCAACAGCAGCCGAGACUAAAGGGGCAUUCUGAUCUUGUAAUUUCAAAGUGUCUGAUUUGGCUGGGCCACGGGCCGCAGGGGUUGUAGGCAAUUUCACGAUUCGCAUGAGGUUGCAUUAUCCAAACAAUGUGAAUUUUGAACUCAAAGGAGGCUGGCAGAACUUUUGCACGAAUCGAAGGUCCCCAAGUCUUGACGCCUCUUUGGUACUAGCGCUUGUCAAGUGCAUCUUGCUCUUUAAUAAUUCCGCA